AUGCAUACAGAGAGUUUGCAGGAACUUACCGGAACGAGUGGCGAGCCGUGGCACAAAACUGAAUCUGGAGGGAUGGUCGGCAACAUUGUUUAUGGGUUUAACGACGGUUUAACGGCGAACUUUGGUUUAGUCGUUGGCAUCAUCGCUGCGACAUCGGAUGUCUCCACGAUUCUUGUGACAGGUAUCAUUGGGACGGUCGCGGAUUCACUGUCGAUGGGGGCUUCAGGCUACCUUGCCGCGAAAAGUGAACAAGAGGUUUAUGAUCACGAAAUCGAGGUCGAAAGAGACGAAAUUCGCCUCAUGCCUGACAUUGAGGAGGAUGAGUUUGCUCUCAUUUAUGCAGCCCGCGGCAUGCCUUUGGAACAGGCGCGUUCCCUCGCACAGGAGGUAAUGAGCGAUCCUGAAAGAGCACUGGCAGAGAAAAUUCAAACCGAGCUUAAAAUUGGCGAAGUCUAUGCAACCCCGUUUAAAGAGGGCUGGAUUACAGGAAUCGCGACUGCUGUCGGUGCUUUCAUUCCUGUCGCUCCAUUCCUUUUUACAGAAGGCAUGUUAGCGAUCUGGAUGUCGUUCACACUUGCGAUGAUGUCCCACUUUGCUGUUGGUGCUACACGGAGUUUCUUCACUGGGCGGGGUUUGUUUCGUAGUGGUAUUGACAUGUUCGCUGUGGGGCUUGGCGUCGCAGGGGUUGGCUAUCUCGUUGGUAAACUCUUAGAACGCUUCUUUUUGGGGAAUUAA